CGUCCCGGGCCCGGGCUGAGCGCCGGUGUCCGGGGCAGGCCGGGGCCGGGGACUCCCCCCUGACGCACAGGAAAGCCGGGAGGCAGCGUGCAGAAUAAAGCGCGCGGCGGGCGGGGGCAGGCAGCCAGCCGCCCGGCGGAGCUCAGCCUGCGCGCCUCGCCACCCGCGGAGCGGAGCCUGCCUGGGGGCGCCCCUCGGACAGUAUGUCUCAGUGGAGUCAAGUCCAGCAGUUGGAAAUAAAGUUUUUGGAGCAGGUAGACCAGUUCUAUGACGAUAACUUUCCCAUGGAAGUCCGACAUCUACUAGCACAGUGGAUAGAAAGCCAAGAUUGGGAGGCCGCUUCCAAUAAUGAACCAAUGGCAACAAUCCUCUUACAGAAUUUGUUAAUACAAUUGGAUGAACAGUUAGACCGGGUUUCUCAAGAAAAGAACCUCCUGUUGAUACACAACCUGAAAAGAAUCAGGAAACUUCUUCAGGGAAAAUACCAUGGUAAUCCUAUGCACAUAGCAGUUAUUAUUUCAAACUGCUUAAGAGAAGAGAGAAGGAUAUUGGCUGCAGCCAGCAUGCCUGUACAGGGACCACUGGAAAAACAAUUGCAGAAUUCCGUAGUUUCAGAAAGACAAAGAAAUGUGGAGCACAAAGUGUCAGCCAUUAAGAACAGUGCCCAGAUGACAGAACAAGAUAUUAAAUACUUAGAAGAUUUGCAAGAGGAGUUUGACUUCAGGUAUAAAACAAUACAGAGCCUAGAACAGGGUGACAAAAACAGCGUCCUGAUGAAACAGGAAAUGGUGAUGUUGCAGGAAAUGCUCAAUACCUUAGACUACAAAAGAAAGGAAGUCCUUAGUAAAAUGGCACAAGUAAUAAAUGAAAGUGAUGUCUUGAUGAACAACAUGCUGCUUGAAGAGCUUCUAGACUGGAAGAGGCGCCAGCAAAUUGCCUGCAUUGGAGGUCCUCUACAUAGUGGGCUUGAUCAGCUCCAGAACUGUUUUACACUGCUGGCAGAAAGCCUUUUUCAAAUAAGAAGGCAACUGGAAAAAUUGGAUGAGCUGUUGACUAAACUGACUUAUGACGGAGAUCCUAUUCUACUGCAAAGGCCUCACCUGUUGGAAAGAGUCAACUUCUUGCUCUACAAUCUUUUCCGAAGUUCAUUUGUGAUUGAAAGGCAGCCCUGCAUGCCCACCCAUCCCCAGAGGCCAAUGGUACUUAAAACCUUAAUACAGUUCACUGUCAAACUAAGGCUGCUAAUUAAAUUGCCAGAGCUGAACUACCAGAUCAGAGUGAAAGCAACUAUUGACAAGAAUGUGUCAACUGCAAGUAAUCGCAGAUUUGUUCUAUGUGGCACUCAUGUCAAAGCUAUGAAUAUGGAUGAAUCUGCAAAUGGAAGUCUGUCUGUAGAAUUUAGACAUUUGCAACCCAAAGAAAUGAAAUCAAGUGCUGGAAGCAAAGGAAAUGAGGGCCCUCAGAUGGUAACUGAAGAGCUGCACUCCAUCAGCUUUGAAACACAGGUCUCCCUGUAUGGUCUAACUAUAGAUUUGGAGACAAGCUCUUUGCCUGUAGUGAUGAUUUCCAAUGUCAGCCAGUUACCUAAUGCUUGGGCUUCUAUUAUUUGGUACAACUUGUUGUCAAAGGAUUCUCAGAACCUGGGUUUCUUUAACAAUCCUCCUACUGCCACUCUGAGUCAACUCUUAGAAGUACUGAGCUGGCAGUUUUCAUCUUAUGUUGGUCGUGGACUCAAUUCUGAGCAGCUCAAUAUGCUGGCAGAGAAACUUAUAGGGCAACAAAUUAGUUACACUGAUUAUCAACUGUCCUGGGCAAAGUUCUGCAAGGAACAUUUACCUGGAAAGUCAUUUACCUUUUGGGUAUGGCUCGAAGCAAUACUGGACCUAAUUAAAAAACACAUUCUUCCUCUUUGGAUUGACGGGUAUAUAAUGGGAUUUGUGAGCAAGGAGAAAGAACGAGUUUUGCUCAGGGACAAAAUGCCUGGAACAUUUUUAUUAAGGUUUAGUGAAAGCAACCUAGGAGGAAUUACCUUUACCUGGGUGGACCCAUCAGAAAACGGAGAAGUAAGGUUCCACUCAGUGGAACCCUAUAAUAAAGGUCGUUUAACUGCGCUGCCAUUUGCUGACAUUUUGCGAGAUUACAAAGUGAUUUUGGCAGACAAUGUUCCUGAAAAUCCACUGAAAUAUCUGUAUCCAGAUAUUCCCAAAGAUAAAGCCUUUGGCAAAUACUACAGCUGUCAGCCAAAUGAAGUCUCAAGACCUACAGAAGGAGCGGUCAAAGGUUAUGUCCCUGCUGUAUUUAUCCCAAUCUCCAAAAUCCUAUAUGAUUCCACAGAUCCACAUUCUCCAUCAGAUCUUCUUCCCAUGUCUCCAAGUGUUUAUGCUGUGCUGAGAGAACACCUGAGUCCCACAGUAAUUGAAACUGCUCUGAGUUCUCCAUGUUCAGCUGACUGAAAUUCAGACACCAUGAAGAACAAAGCAGCCAAAAUACUUUAUAAAAUGAAAGUUUAAAAAAAGAAGUUGUUUCUGCAGCUUUGUAAAUAAGGGUUUCCUGGAAGCCAAUGCGAUGUUCUUCUUGGGCCUACAUGUACUUUCAAAUGCAUGUAAAUCAGAAGCCUCCCCAGGGAAGUCACUGGAGUUACAAACAUCUGGCAUCAUUUGGAUCCUGUCACUGAAGUUCUCACUCAAGGGAAUAUUACCUCUUAACUCAAUGGGCCAAAUCCUUCCCUGGUGUGCAACUCCAUUGACUUCAGUGGCAUUACACUAGGUAUGAAUUUAGCCCAGCGGGCCUGCUUAUGGAAAUAAGGACUGCAGUGUUGCUGUAAAAUAGGACUUACGGUAGGAUGGAGAUGUUCUGUUCAUGAAACAUUUUGAAAGCAGGACUUUAGAAUAACUAAAGAGAUUUAAGAUGUGUUCAGAAAAUCAGGAUUUAUGCUGUCCAUUUCAUGUUCUGUUUGUAUAAUGUCUAUUUCUUUGGCUUUUAUUUUAAAUUAAAGGUUCUCAUCCAUCCCUUCAUGACACUGACCAUAGGUGCUAGGAGUCAGCUUUUCCUGCCAUGAACGGCUUUCAGUACAAAGGGACAGAUUUUAUCUUCCUGCAGUAAAGGGGGAGGGAAGAAGGAGGAGAAGGGAAUAAUGGAAAUAGAAGAGUUCGCUAGAAACUCUAGAGCAGGGGUGGGUAGUUAAUUAGUUUUUGCUAAGUUCUACAUUUCUCGGUCAAGGUCCAGACUCCAGAGAAAAUAAUAAAAACAAUAAUAAUAAGUAAAUAAAAAGAUGUCGGGGUCCGUUUAAAAGUAUCUGGCGGUCCGGAUUUGUCCCGCAGGCCACCUAUUGAUUACCCCUGCUCUAGAGGCACUACACUUUGAAGGUCAAUAAAUUUCUGUACCUCCAUUCUGCAUCUGUAAAGCAGGGCUAAUAAAAUCUCUCUGUCUUGCAGGACAUUUGUGAGGGUAAAUGUAUUCAGGGUUGUGAGGCACUACGAUGAAUACUUCAGAAAAGCCCAUAAAGAAAGAAAACAGUCCUUAUUCAAUGCAGAGUUUAGAUGGUGUGCCAUAAUCAAGGCCUUAGAGGGACACAGAAUGAUUAAAAAGGAUACCAAAGAGCUGCUUCAUUUUCUGAGUACUGUCCAACAUGCGCCUAGUCAGAGUGCAAAGUUACAAAGAGCUAAAUUACCUCAGAUAUAGAUGUAAAUAAGCAGAAUAACCAGUUCUUAACAUAAAAGGUUAUUUGCCUUUUUAAAGCAGCCAAGUUACUCUUAGUCAUGACAGUCUGUCUUUUCUCAGAAUUACUCAUGACAAAUUAACUUUUAGAAUAACUUAGACACUGACAAUUUACAAAAGAAAGAUAGAUAUCCAAGUUCUGCCUGCGAAGUAUGCAGUCUUGAGCAUACUUAAUUGUGCAAGCAAAAUGUGCAUUUGUACAAGCAAAUGGUUAGGUACAACAUAGGCCGGGUCUAUGCUAGAAAUUAGAUCAGUUUAACUAUGUCGGUCAGGAGUAUGAAAAAUCCACAACCCAAGUGGCGUUGUUAAACCAAUCUAAGUCCUCAUGUAGACAGCACUAUGUCAGUGGAAGAAUUCUUCUGUUAACCUAACUACUGCCUCUCGAGAAGGUGGAUUACCUAUGCGCAUAGGAGAACCCCUUUCUUCAGUGUAGGUAGUGUCUACAGUGAAGUGCUACAACUGCGCAGCUGUGCCACUAGAGCAUUUUAAGUGUAGGCAAGCCCUUUGGCACCUGAGAUGAAAUCCUGGCCCCACUGAAGUCAAUGAGAGGUUUGUUAUUGACUUCAGUGGGUCCAGGAUUUCAUGCCUACUCCCCACCCCAACCCCCCGACCACCGUCAAAAAAGAGUGACCCUCAACAUUUACCAUACAGUUUUGUUUGUUAGGCACCUCCAAAGGUAUCUUACUAAGGCCUUUUGUGGGCCAUCCCUGGAGGCUCUCCCAUUUAAAUAGAUAAUGUACCUGGGAUCUGAAAGCAAAACGAUACCAAUGUAGUACCUUUAGUAGGCCUGUUUUAGCUCUUAGCCUAGUGGCUUGGCUGAUAGCACUAUAACAUUAAAUUGAAAACUUCUAGAACAAUCUUAGGAUUCCUGCUCCUCUGGUCACGAGACAUGAGGGUCAGUGCACAGAGCCACUAUGAGCAUCUCUGAGUAGUAACAUAGGGAAAAAUCCGCUGGGGCAGGGAUGCAAGAUCAGAGCAUAUGGUUAGAAGCGGAAUAAGCAGUUGGGAGUCCAGCUCUUCCCCACUAGUAUUGUCCUCAGUUGUAAACUGUCGAGAAAGCAAAGGGAGAACCCCAAUGAUCUGAUUCACCUGGCAUCUCCUUGCUCUGCAAAUGGAGUAUGCUAAAAUAAAUGAAUACAUUUUU